UUUUUUAGAUGAUAGUUCAGUUAAUUCCUUAUCCACUGAAAUAAAAGAAGGAAUGUAAUUAGCAAUAAAGAGAACAAGUUAAUUUAUUUAAUAAGGUUUUAUCAUAUUUUACUCUUGUGACAUACAUAUUGUAUCGUAUGUCGAGGAAGUGGAUUUAACUUCAACAAAAAAUGGAUUUACCUCAAUUUCGGAUUAUUUUUCAAGCGGCAAUUUUUCUUCCAUUUUUAUUUGUUUACGCAUCUGGUUGUUCAUCUAAUGCGGAUUGCACAAGUGGCCAAAUAUGUAUAAGUUCAGUUUGCAGUGUAUCUCCAUGUGCUUCAUCACCUUGUGAUAAUAGCGGAACGUGUGGCGUAGUAGCAACAUCUUCCACUGACUAUACAUGGCAAUGUUCUUGCCCAUCUACAUAUAUGGGGACCACAUGCAGUGAUUACAAUUACUGUCAUUCAAACCCAUGCAAUCACGGAACUUGUACUGUCGUGUCAAACAGUUUUGAAUGCACUUGCACGGAUGGCUAUUAUGGUGACACGUGUGCCAAUGAUAAAGAUGAAUGUUCUGACAAUCCUAACCUAUGUGCGAAUGGCGGAAAUUGCAUUAAUGUUGAUGGCUCUUACUCAUGUGAUUGUCUGACAGGGUUUGAAGGAACUCAUUGUGAAGACAACACAGAUGAUUGUAUCGGUAAUGAAUGUGCUGCGGGAUCAACUUGUGUUGAUGAAUUGAAUGAUUAUUUCUGCGUUUGUGCCGAGGGUUGGACCGGUACUCAUUGCAAGGAAGACAUGGACGAAUGUAACGAUGGUACAACAAGAUGUAUGAAUGGAGGAACAUGCAUCAAUACAGAAGGCUCGUUCUCUUGCAACUGUGUGAAUGGUUGGUCCGGAGAUGACUGUAGUGAAAACAUUGACGAUUGUAGUUCUGCUGCUUGUUUUCACAAUGCAACUUGUAUCGACAAAGUUGGAACAUUCGUUUGUGUGUGCGUUCCUGGGAAAACUGGUAUCCUUUGUCAUUUGGAUGAUGCUUGUAUCUCUAAUCCAUGUGCCAACGGAUCAACUUGCGACACCAACCCCAUUACGGGUCACUGGAUGUGUUCCUGUCCUGACGGUUACACGUCAAAAAGUUGUGAUGUCAACAUCAACGAAUGUGAAAUAGGUGAAAAUCCAUGUGAACACGACGGCCAAUGCAUUGACACGGAAGGAUCAUUCGAAUGUGAUUGUGCAGAUGGAUACACAGGACCUAGAUGUGAAACUAACAUAAAUGAAUGCGAAAGCUCGCCAUGUCAAAAUGACGCAACUUGUCUUGACAUGGUUGGAAAGUUUCAAUGUGUUUGCAUGCCAGGAUACACUGGAUUGUUGUGUGAUAUUGACAUCAUUGAAUGUUCAAGCAACCCUUGUAUGAAUGGUGGAACCUGUAUUGAUGAAAUCAAUGGCUACACAUGCAAUUGUGCUUCGGGAUUCACCGGUUCUGAUUGCAGUUUUAAUAUUGACGAGUGUUCAUCCAUUCCAUGUCAAAAUAAAGGAACAUGUGUCGACAAGGCAAAUAGUUAUGAAUGCGAAUGCGCAGAUGGAUAUGCUGGAAUUCAUUGUGAAACUGAUAUAGAUGAUUGUCAAACUAAUCCCUGUCACCAUGGAACAUGUGAAGAUGGCGUGAACCAAUACAUCUGCAAUUGCAAUGCGGGAUAUACGGGAACAAUUUGUCAAACUGAGAUAAACGAAUGUGAAUCAAGUCCAUGUGAGAAUGGAGGAACGUGCACCGAUAACGUCGGCUAUUUUUCAUGUAGUUGUCCCGUUGGAACUAGUGGCACAAGGUGUGAAAAUAAUCCAGAUGAUUGUGUUUCUAAUCCAUGUGGUGUUCAUGGUACUUGUGUGGAUAAAGUUAAUGAAUAUGAAUGCAAUUGUGAUCCAGGAUACACAGGAACGCAUUGUACAGAUGAAAUUAACGAGUGUGAAUCAAACCCAUGUCUAAAUGGAGCCACAUGUGUUGACGGUAUUAACACAUACACAUGUAAUUGUUUGCCAGGAUACCAUGGUUCGCGAUGUUCCUCUGAUAUUGAAGAAUGCAGUAGCAAUCCUUGUAUUAAUGGAUUGUGCCAAGAAGAUGUCAACCAAUACAUAUGUGUAUGCAAUUCUGGAUACACAGGAGUGAAUUGCGAAGUAGAAAUCAACGAAUGCGAAUCUAACCCUUGUGAACACGGUUCAUGUCAAAAUGAAAUCGGCAGAUUUGUGUGUGUUUGUACGCCUGGGUAUACCGGAGUCAAAUGUGAAACGGACAUAGACGAAUGUGCGACUGGUCCUUGUCAAAACGGGGGUAUAUGCACAAGUGGGGUCAAUGUGUAUUCGUGUAACUGCCCCGCAAGAUACACAGGAACAAAUUGUGAGACGGAGCUUACCCCAUGUAACCCGAAUCCAUGUAAUGGUGGAGAGUGUACCCCAUCCGCUGAUUACUUGACUUACACUUGCACAUGUAUACAAGGAUAUGAAGGAGUCACUUGUCAACAUGAUAUUAAUGAAUGUCUGUCUUCACCAUGUUUGAAUGGAGGAACUUGUACUAAUUUAUCACCUGAUUAUAAAUGUGCUUGCGCGAAUGGAUUCACAGGAACUAACUGCGAAACAAAUAUAGAUGAUUGUUCACCAGAUCCAUGUAUGAACGCUGGAAAAUGUAUCGAUGAUGUUGGAACAUAUAAAUGCCUAUGUAAACCUGGUUAUAACGGAUUCGAUUGUCAAUUUGAAAUUGACGAAUGUGCAAGUAACCCAUGUCAGAAUGGUGGUGAAUGCCAAGAUUACGUCAACAGCUUUGUUUGCUCAUGCCCUACUGGAUAUACUUCUUUAACCUGCUCGAGAAAUCCAGACGAUUGUACAUCAAGUUCUUGUCUUAAUGGUGGGACAUGUGUGGAUGGUGAUAAUACUUUUACAUGUGAAUGUCCAAGCGGCUACACAGGUGAUAAGUGCCAGAAUGAGAUCAGUGCUUGUCUAUCCGUAUCUUGUCUCAAUGGUGGAACAUGCUAUGUGGACUCGGGAACGGCGAGAUGUGCUUGUGGUAUUGCUUAUGAGGGAACUUAUUGUGGGAAUCUAAUUGACUUGUGUGCCGAUGCCAGUUUAUGUAAAAACAGAGCAACAUGCAGUCAGAAUGGAGCAGAUUUUACAUGUUCGUGCGUUACUGGUUAUACUGGCGUUUAUUGUGAUAUGGAAGAAGUAUCAUGCGAACAGGCUGCUACAAAUAGAGGGGUUGCUGUUUCUGCAUUAUGCUCAAACCACGGAGAUUGUCGUGACACAACAACUGCUCAUGAAUGUACAUGUGAUCCAGGAUACACAGGUUCAUAUUGUAACAUUGACAUCAACGAAUGUGCUCUUCAACCUUGCCUGAAUGGAGCUACGUGCAUUGAUCUGAUCAACAGUUACUCUUGUACUUGUGAUGCGGGAUACACUGGAGAAAACUGUGAGCAGAACAUUGACGAGUGUGCGUCAUCUCCAUGCAAGAAUGGUGGCACUUGUGUCGAUAUGGUUAAUGCUGUUCACUGUUCCUGUCUCGCCGGCACUGCAGGUAUAUUCUGUGAGGUCAAUGUUGAUGAUUGCACUGAUGACUCCUGUUAUCAUGGGGGACAAUGCAUCGAUGGAAUCAAUGGCUUCACUUGUAAUUGCUUGUCUGGAUAUGUAGGAUCAAGGUGUGAAGGUGAUGUGAAUGAAUGCUUGUCAAAUCCUUGUAAUGCAGCAGGUACUACAGAAUGCAUCGAGGGAGAAAACAGCUUUACAUGUGUAUGCUCUGUGGAUUAUGCUGGAACACUCUGUGAUGUGAAACUAGGAAGUUGCGCAAUCAAUCCUUGUGAAAAUGGUGGAACUUGCACUGAUAACAGCUACGAUCCUAAAGGAUAUUUCUGCUCUUGUUCAUCUGGUUACUAUGGCAUCAAUUGUCAACACCAAUAUUCAUCGUGUGGGGAUUCACACAUUUGUUACAACAACGGAGUAUGUGUGAAUGACGCAUGUGAAUGCACUUCAAAUUAUUACGGAGAUUAUUGUGAAAAAGCUAGAGUAGAAGAUAAAACCUGUUCAAAUCCAAACUGCGCUCAAGUGAAGAAUAAUGGAGUCUGCAAUAGCGACAUGAACUGUACCACACAUGAAUGUGAUUACGACGGCACCGAUUGUACUUUCGGUAACGCCAAUCCUUGGGAAUUAUGUUCGCCUGAGUAUGAAUGCUGGAAUCUACACAAGAACGGACAUUGCGACGAACACUGCAAUACUCAAGAAUGCCUUCUGGAUGGAAUGGAUUGUAGCACUCCUAUAGGAGAUUGCAAUCCGAAAUAUGAAGUCUACUGUACAGACAAUUUCAACAACAGUUAUUGUGAUGAAGGAUGUAAUAAUGCUGAUUGUGGAUGGGAUGGAGACGAUUGUAAUCAAUAUCCUGAACAAUACGCCCUCGGAAUCCUUGUGAUUCAAGUUGGCAACAUGACUCCUGCUGAUGUAUGGACCAGAAAAGAAGAACUUUCAAUUGAAUUCGGCAAAAUUUUACACACUCAAAUGAAGAUGAUAGCUGUGAAUGUUGUAACGGUCGAAAUUUCACGCAAGAAAAGAUCUUUAUUUGAUGAAGCAUAUGACUCGAUGACAAGUAUAUUCAGCAGAACGAAACGUGCUACCUCGGAUGGGGAGUCGUCACAGAUGGAAUUCAGAAUGGAUAACAGCAAAUGUUAUAUAUCAUCUGGUGCAUGCUUUGAAACUGCCUCAGGAGCGUCAUCUUUUCUCGCUGCUGCAAGACUCACCCAAACACUAGAAGUAUCAGUCGACAUUGAAACUACCGGCAGUAUUGAUGAACCAACAAGCGAAGGAUCACAACACAUAGUUACUUAUGCUGUAUCUGGAGCAGCUCUUUUUGCCUUUGUGGUCGUCAUUUUUGGGGUACUACUAAAACGAAAAAGAGAAACUGGUCAGCUCUGGCGACCAGAAGGCUUCCUCCUACACAAGAAACAAAGAAGAGAACCAAUAGGACAAGCUGAUUUAAAUCUUAAGAAAUUGAACAAAUCUCCAUCUCCAGACAAUGACACGAACACUCCUUUCAUUCAAAGCUUCCACGAUAACGGGACAAACAAUCAUCAUAAAAAAUAUUUGGCAAGCCGUCAAGAAAAUGAACCCUUGCAUGGUGUACAAACAGAAAACAGGAAGAAGACACCAGAAUGUGAAGUUCAGUCUGACAACAGAAAAUGGACUCCACAACAUAUUGAAGCUGCCAGAGCAUCAAGCAGAGAAGUUUCUUCUCCAUUAUUAGAAGAUAAUAAUGAUGAGAUUGAUGCUCGUGGGCCUGACGGCCUCACACCUUUGAUGAUUGCUUCUACUCGAGGAGGUGGAAUCGAAGUUAUUGUAGAUGAGGAAUCCGGUGAAGGAAACGAGGGAGAAGGAAGUGAAAACAUGAUCGCGAGUCUUUUAUUACAGGGGGCAUCACUCACUGCACAAACAGAUAGAACAGGUGAAACUCCACUUCACUUAGCAGCGAGAUAUGCCCGAGCAGAUGCUGCAAAAAGACUUCUCGAUGCAGGUGCCGACGCUAACAUGAAAGAACAAACAGGUCGCACGCCAUUGCAUGUGGCUGUUGCUGCUGAUGCACAAGGUGUCUUCCAAAUAUUAUUGAGAAACAGAGCAACGGACUUAGAUGCCAAAACCAACGAUGGAACAACUCCUCUCAUUCUGGCUGCAAGACUUGCUGUAGAAGGCAUGGUUGAAGAACUCAUUGGUGCUCAUGCUGAUGUAGACGCAGUAGAUAACCACGGGAAAACAGCAAUGCAUUGGGCGGCUGCCGUAAACAACAUUGAAGCUCUGUCCGCUCUUCUUGCCGCCGGUGCAAAACGUGACGCUCAAACGGAAAGAGAAGAAACUCCACUGUUUUUAGCGGCACGAGAAGGAAGCUAUGAAGCGGUCAGGUUAUUACUUGACCACUUGGCAAAUAGAGAUAUCACUGACCAUAUGGACAGGUUACCCAGAGAUAUUGCGCAGGAAAGGCUGCAUACAGAUAUUAUUCAACUACUCGACGAAUACAAUUUGGUACGAAGUCCUAUGGGUCACAUGGAUAACUCUCCUCUCAUGCAUAACAACGCAGCUUACAUUGCUCAUAUUACGAAAGGUAAAAAGCAGAGGAGAUCGAACGGCAAACCAGAUGGUAAAGCUGCUCGCAGAACAAAGAAAAAAUCCAGUACUGAUAAUAACAUAGAAUCACCUAACGGCAUCAAUCCAAAUUUAAAUCCUCAUCAUAUGUACAAUUCGGUCUUGUUAUCGGACGGUCAGUCACCCGGCAGCAAUUCUAUGUCUUCGCCUUCCACAUACAGCGACUCUACACAUUCACCACCGAUUUCAAAUGCGGGAAACUUACCACCUAAUGCGUAUUACCCAAGGGUAAUGCAAGGAAGUCACUCUGGUGGUAUGGACAACCAUCUUCCUCUCGGCCCUCACCCAUCACAACUCAGUGGGAGAAUGAUUCAACACCCAAGAGCGCAACCUCAUCUUUCGGGUUCUAACACAGGAUUGGGGCUAAAUUUGGGGCAACUUCAGAUGCGUUAUAACGACCCUGAAUUGCAACAACAACAUUUAGCAAGGAUGGCACAUUACCGUGCACAAGCUCAAGUUCCUUAUCAACAAAUCAUAAAUCCUCAUCCACAUAGUGCCAAUUCAGGAGGUUAUCCAAGGUCUUCCCAGGGAAUGGCUUUCAGUGAAAUGAUACCAAAUCUUCCACAACAACAACUAUAUCACAUGGAUGCUCCAUCUUACACUCAACAGUUGGCAAUGAACCAAAGACAACAACAAAAUUUUGUUCACCAAUCAAAAGGAAUGCCAAGGUCUUCUACUGGAGGCAACUCGUAUUUAUUAGAUAAGUAUCCGACUCCUCCAUCAAACUCAACACUCUCUCCUCCUUCCGCCAGUUUCUCGCCACAUUCUGCCUCCAACAACCACUCACAUGGUCAUCUCAAAACUCAGCCUCAGCCAGGCGAUCUGUCAUAUGAAACACCAAGCCCUGAAUCACCAGGUGAUCAGUGGUCAAGCGCAUCACCGAGGAGCAAUUCUGAUUGGUCGGAUAGCAUACACAGUCCACCUACCGGACCGCACAUGCACGCACCUAAUCUGCAUCAGACAAUUCACCCUCAUGGGGGAAUGCCCGUUUCACAUAGGGGUUUAGGGGUACGGAUGCACCCACCUCCAAACGCGGCUCAUUCUGGGAAACUUCAAGCCGCAUAGACAAGAGUCGAACUCGAGAAGAUGAAAUAUUGACCAAAAGACCAUUUUUGGGCCAAAAGUGCCUGCACUAAAAUCUUGUACAUAUUUUUGUUUUUUCUUUGUUUUUAAAUUUGUUUACAUUUUGUUGUUUGUUUAAAACUAUUUAUUUUGUUUUAAAUGUUUCAAGCUCCUUUUAUAUUUGACUGCUGUUGAAGCUUUUUUUGCGCCACCUUGAAAUAACACCUACCUAAAAUAUGAUAUCCAAUAUCAUUAAAUGGUUUCAUCUUAAUUUCAAUGAAAUUUUUUUACAAAUGAAAUCAAAUCUAUUCAAAAAGCAAUAAACAUAUCAAUUUUUAUUUGGUAAUCAAACAAAACAAAAAUAGUUUUUUUUUUUCAUGAAAAAUCAAUUUGAUUUUCAUAUCACCAUUUUAAAAUUUUUUAUCGGAUUUUAAAAAAAAUUUGUUCAAAAUUAAAUACUGGUAUGUUGGUAAUUCAAAUCAGGAUUUACCAUGUUCCGUAUCAUAUUAUUGGUUGUAGAAACUGGUACUUUCUAGUCACUGAUAUAUUUCUCAUAAAAUAGUUGGCUAUGAAGUUGCUUUUCCAUAGUCAUAUCGGUAUGUCCUAUAAAGGUGUUUCUCCUUUGAUGCUUCACUUUUAGAAGACAUCACAAGUUAGUUUUGACGCAAUGUCGUGUCCCAACUGUUUUGAUCAGUAUUUGUCAUUUUUAUUUGUACGUUUCAGCUUUUUAUAAUAUGAGCAACUGUAAGAUCAUCUGCACCUAUUUUGAUGUUUCCAUUGAAAUUAAAUGAAAUAGUACGUUCUGAGAAAUCUGAAUUCUGAAAAUGAUUCUAACUACCGAUAAAUGGCACAGCCGCUAUUUAUCAAAUGGUGCUAGAUUUUUUAAAGUAAUUCAAUUUCAUAUCCUUACUAUUUACCUAUUUAAUAUGUUGCAUGUCAAGUGCGUAUGAAGAUUUUUCUGCGCUGGAAUCUUGAUAUUUUACUUCGUAAAAUUUGAUUGACCCUAAAAUUAUUAAAAUUUGAUCGAAUUAAUUUUGAUGAUUUCGAUUUUCAAAUUAUUUUUUUCUGAUAACAUUCGUUUCUGAUUUACCUUGAAUUCAAGUCUUGCAACCUAUUCAGUCUUUGUAAACCAUAGGUUUAUCAUUUUGUUCAUAUAAAUUGUGUUUGAUAAAGGAUCUUUUUCAUGAUCAAUUCCUUUUUUUCAAGUUCACAAUGUCGUUUUGAGGCUAAUGUUUUUUUAUAUUAUCUCUUUAAUGAAAUUGAAGUUUUUGUACAGAAUCUUUUUUUGUGACCAAACUUAGUUUCUACUGUAUUUUACAUCUGGAAGCGACCAAUUUGAUUUGAUGAACAUUGACCAAUAUAUUUGUCUUUUUUUUCUAAGAAUUUUCAGUUAAAUUACGGUGCUCGUCGUGUUUGUAAUUUAUGAAGCGAAGAUAUUGAAAUUGAAGUUAAAAUCGUGUUCAUGAAGUUUUAAUUUCCUUUUAGUUUAUUUUUUUUUCUUUUGUAAUAUUUUGAUGUUUACUAUUUUUUUAUUGAAUACAAAGAGUCAAUUGCCAAUUCAAAACGAUUCAUUCCAAUUUUUUUAAAUGAAAAGUUGAAAUUUUGUCAAUAUUUUCAGUCGUUUUAUGUUUAAUAAUAAUACUAUUAUUGUCAUCUUUUUUAUUCAAACACAUCCCGUUAUCAUAACUAUAAAAGCCUUGCCAUCACAUGUUUUGUACAUUUUAAGAGCU